AUGAACUCUUUCGCGGCUAUCUUGUUUUUCAAGACAACACUGUUACUACUACGCAUCUACCCAUCAAUGGCAAUUCUCCCAAACCUAAAACACACACACACACACCAAUGAGCUGCCUUUACAAAAUAUUGGGCGUCGCAAAGACCGCAAACAAGAUCGAAAUCAAGCAAGCCUAUCGGAAACUCGCCGUGCAACUCCACCCCGACAAACACACCCAAUCCCCUCCGCGAACGAGAGCCGCCGCCGUCGAAAAGUUCAAGCAGAUCACCAACGCUUACGAGAUUCUCGUCGACGACCGCAAGCGCGCCGCCUACGAUCUCAGAUCUAAUCAAAGCGAGUCUCGUCAGCAUAACCGGCAGGAGCGCUCGAAUGCCGGUCAAUCUCGUCAGAAUAAUCGCGGCGGCGACACAAAAUCAUCCGCGGAGGGCGCUCAAUCUCGCGGCGGCUACACAAAAUCAUCCCCGGACGGCGGAGGCGAGGCGAAAUCUCCGAACGCCGCUCAGUCUCGUCAGAGACAUCAUCUGAAACUCCGCGCCGCCGCCGCCUUGAGACAUCUAAGGCGCGUGUGCGUGGAGUUUUUGAGAUUCACAGUUCAAGUAAUCGUGGAAACUGUUGUACGCGCCGCCGUAGAAAUGCUGAUACGCCUCAUGCUGGAAAUUUUGAUACAGUUGAUCAAGGCUAUUUUCCAACCUAGUUCCAAGCACAACGAUGAGAAGAAGAAGAAGUAAUCCUUUGAAAGAACUCAGAUGAAGUGCUAAUCUCGUUUAAAAGUUUUUUAAGCUAACGGAGUGUAUAUAAACUGUUGGAUGAAUUUCCUUAAUUGGUUUUGAAUGACAUUAGAUUUUUAUUGUUCGUGUACAUGAAUCCAUUACUAACUAAAAUUAUUUGAUGCUUUAGGUGUUGGAGAAUU